AUGCGUCUUAUCAUCCGACAAGACUAUGAUCAGGUUUCUGAUUAUAUGGCAUCAUACAUCAAGGAUCGCAUCAUAGAAUUUAACCCAACCACCGACCGUCCCUUUGUUCUUGGACUACCGACUGGUUCCUCUCCCGUUGGUGUUUAUAAAAAUUUGGUCAAGUAUCAUCAAAAUGGUCAACUAAGUUUCAAAAAUGUUGUUACGUUUAACAUGGAUGAAUAUGUUGGCAUACCAAGAGAUCAUCCUGAAAGUUAUCAUUCGUUCAUGUGGCAUCAUCUCUUUAAGCACAUUGACAUCCUUCCUCAGAAUGUCCAUAUUCUUGAUGGUAACGCUGAUGAUCUUGAAGAAGAAUGCAAGAAAUACGAAGAACAAAUUAAAUCUUUUGGCGGUAUUGAAUUGUUUUUGGGAGGAAUCGGUCCCGAUGGUCAUAUUGCCUUUAAUGAACCUGGAUCUUCGUUGACUUCAAGAACUCGUGUUAAAACUUUGGCCUAUGAAACUAUCUUGGCAAACUCUAGAUUUUUUGACGGUGAUAUUAGUAAAGUUCCAAGAAUGGCUUUAACCGUUGGUGUAGGUACCGUGAUGGACUCUCGUGAAGUUGCUAUCAUCAUCACAGGGGCUCACAAAGCUAUCGCUUUAGCGAAAUGUAUCGAAGAAGGUGUUAAUCAUAUGUGGACCGUCUCAGCGAUUCAACUACAUCCUAAGGCCCUUAUUGCUUGUGAUGAAGACGCUACUCUUGAACUGCACGUUAAAACUGUUAAAUAUUUCAAGAGCCUUGAUCACGUAAUUAAUAACCUUAUUGGCCCUGAAAACGUUGGAUUACAGGGCAACAUCAAGAAAUAUCCUACACCUGAGGUUACACCAACUAGAGAAGAUUUUUAUAAUUGUCCUUUUCAGAAGUAA